AUGCCCGGCAUACCUUCCAAGCCAAACAACAUACCCUUGGCCUCGUCACUUCCCAAGGUCAGCUUCCGCAAAGUACCGCCAGACGAGGCGCUCAUCUUUCACAUACCGCCUGGAAUCAUCGACGUACAUACUCUACCGUUCGGCUUCAACGAUGGCUCCGACUACGAAAAGCCACACCACUACAUUCGCUAUCUCGAACCCAUCGAGGGCGACCUCAAGCGCCAGGUCGAAUAUGACAUGGACGAGCAGGACCAAGAGUGGCUCGAUGCGCUCAAUCAUGACAGGCGCAAAGACGGUCUCGAUACCAUAUCGUACGAGGUCUUUGAGAUCAUCCUCGACCAGCUCGAAAAGGAAUGGUUCGAUCUCAUGAAGCGCGUUCCGCCAAAAGCACGCCAUGGCGCAGCGGCCGACCUUACAGGAGACGGUGCAGAUGCCCAAGACGCCGACUCUGACGGUGGCGAAGACAGCAAGUGCGCCAUCUGCGACGAUGGUGAGUGUGAGAACUCGAACGCCAUUGUCUUUUGCGACGGUUGCAAUCUCGCCGUGCAUCAGGACUGCUACGGAAUCCCAUACAUCCCUGAGGGUCAGUGGCUCUGUCGCAAAUGCACCGUCUCGCCCGACCGUGCUGUCUCGUGCAUCCUCUGCCCUCACGAAGGAGGUGCUUUCAAACAGACCACCACCGGCAAAUGGGCUCACCUUCUAUGUGCAAUGUGGAUCCCUGAAACCGGCGUAAGCAAUCCUGUCUACAUGGAGCCUAUCGAUAGCGUCGAACGCAUUCCAAAGGCAAGGUGGAAGCUUCAGUGUUACCUGUGUAGGUACAAGAUGGGUGCCUGUAUACAAUGCGACAAUCGUUCCUGCUUCACGGCGUUUCACGUCACCUGCGCUCGCAAGGCCGGCCUUCUCUUCCGCACAGAACGCACGCGCGUCUCGCAUCACCUCUACGACGACUCCGACAACAGCGACGACGAAGGCUCCGAGGUGCUGCGCGCCUGUUGCCAUCGGCACAUGCCUCCGAACAUGAGGCAUCAGUUCAAGAUCGACUUCGGCCGCCAAGCUGCUGCGGACGACGAUCGUUCCGAGACCUCCUAUCGUACGUCGCCUUUCGUCUCCUCCCGCACCCGCGAGCUCUCGGUCGAGUUUGGCGUGGGAGCGCCACUGAUAUCCGUCAGUCGUCGAAGCUCCCUUGUCGGCAGCCAUGACAGCGCAUCAGCUACCAACGAUGCCCGCAGCACGUCCAAGUCGGCUCGUGCGUAUAAGAAAAGUUUCAAAGCGGGGCCUCCACUCGUCCCUGCCUACAUUGCCAACCGCGUGCUCGAGUACAUCACCAAGGUUCAUCUUCGCAAGAAGGCCACCGCCGUUCAAAUUAUCGCUCGCUACUGGUCGCUCAAGCGCGAGGCCCGUCGGGGUGCCCCUCUUCUCAAGCGUCUACACCUUGAGCCUUGGACCGCCUCCACACAGAACAAGGAGCAAACCGACGCGCAAAAGGGCAAGAAGCUUCACUUCCUCCGCAGCAUCCGUGGAGACCUCGAACGUGUGCGCAUGCUGGUUGAACAGGUCCGUAAACGCGAAAAGGAAAAGUUGCGCCAAGCACAAGAGAUCCGCAACUCGCUUGUCGAGCCCGUCUUGUUUCCUUUCCAUGCCGACCUGCGCGCUGCCGUCGCAAAGCUCGAAGCCGUCGAUCGUUAUGGCUUCUUUGCGCAGCCGGUCUCCAGGAUCGACGUGCCUGAUUACUACGACAUUGUCAAAGAGCCUAUGGACUGGACCGCCAUCAAGGACAAGAUUGCCACAAAGACGUACGAAUCGGUCGACGAGAUGCGCCAGGACGUCCUCAAGAUUGCUACCAACGCCAUGACAUACAACAAGGCAGAUACCCCCUAUCACAAAGCCGCCACCAAGAUCCUCAAGAUGAUACCCGAUGUCUUCAACGAGUUGGCAGCAAUCAAAACGUCUCAUCUCGUGCAUCACCAGCAGACCAAGGCGCAGGCAGAGGCAGCGGCGAAUCAUCAGGCACAAGAGCUGCGAUCUGAUGAGCAUCCGUCCCUCGAAUCGACUUCAGCAGACACAGCAUAUGCCGACAUUCGACAACAGCUGCUCGCUUUGGGACUCGAGCCUCCAACAAGUCUGAUCUCACUUCUACGAGACUAUCGCUUGAUGGAGGAUGCGGAGCAAACGGAUCUCAGACAGCAGGCUUACGGAACACAUCCGUUGCCUCCGACUGUGCAUGUCAAGGCAGAAGAGGACGCUCAGGCAGACGGACAGGAAGGGCAGGUAGCGACACAACGCUGCGUACCCAUUGCGCCUGUGACCAACCUCAUGGAAGACUUUAUUCGCCAGUUGUACGUGCCGCCGCCAUCAAUUACCAAUACGGCAACAGUCUCCCCCACAGCAACAACGAAUAGCAAGCAUUCGACCGUGAAGACGUCAGCAGCAGCACCAGCCGAGAAAGGGCCUGUCUCUACAGCACGCAAGCGCAAGCCUUCGGAAACGCAGCCAAAGGAGCCCGUCGAGAGGAGAACCACACGUCGGUCCAUCGCUGUCGAAGCUGCUGCCGCACCGUCAACAGCAGAUGACACAAACAAACAGCAAGCAGCCGCGGAAGCUGCCCCUGCGACUCCAGCACGCAGCAGACGCCGAAGCACGCAAAGUUCUGCACAGACAGCGCCGACCGAUGAGGCUCGUCGGCCGCUGGCCGAAGCGGAACGAGCAGAGCCGAUGAAAAAGUCGACCUCGCAGACGUCCAGCAAAACGCAAGACGGCAUGCAAGUCAAGGAAGACGUGGGUGCACACGACUCUUUCCUCUUGUUCAACACUGGCUGGGUGCUUCCCGAGGGUUCCAAGCGUCAUCGCAAUAGCGCUGCGCGACCAGAGAUGAUCGGUCAGCGGCCUCGCAAGAUCUCGGCGCCUGAGUCACCCGGUCCGUCGGCCGGUACUGGUGCUGCUGACCUGUCUAAGCUGGCAACGCCGCAGCAGCGGCCGAGGUCGCGAACCGUGCUCUCUUCGGACUAUCGCUCAACACCGGCGUCAUCCACGGCAAAGGGCAGCACGCGCAAACCAAACAGGAGGGCUAGCCAAGAUGCAAACACGGCGGCUAGUUCUCCACUCACGACGGACGAUGAAGGCGCAAUGGACGUCGCUGCUGAAUCGCCGGCAAAGUCGAGCAGGCUGAAACGGUCGCGAGCGAGGGAGGCGAGCGCUGCCGAGGCAAGUGUCAACGACAACGUUGAUGACGACACGAAGACACCUUCAUCGACACGACGCAGUGCUCGAACACGUACCGCCUCGGCGGAUCUCGCGGCUUCUCCUCCUGCUUCAAAGCGACAACGUACAGCGUCGAAAGGGUCGCCGACCAAAGCAGCCGUUGAUUUUGUGGCCAACCCUCCAGCAGCCGGUACGAAGGUAUGGGCCAAGGUGGACACUUUCCCACACUUUCCUGCGGUCGUCAUCCGAGACAGGUCCGAUCUUCCCGGAGAGAUGCUUCGAACCGAGCCUGAGGACGGACGCAUGGUGGCGGUGAGGUUCUUUGGCAAGCAGACGAGCUACGGGUGGAUCACACCGCAAAAAUUGGCUCCGUUGAUGGUGGAUGAGGGCGAGGACGAAAAGUAUCUGAGGCUUGCUGCGAAGAAGGGCAAGACGAAGCAGGUUAGAGAUGCGUAUGAGGAGGCCAAGACUCGGGAGUAG